AUGGAGCACAUGUUACUGCUAUUCAUAUGUUUCAUACCUAUAUUGGGUCCCACUACUGGAACAGAAACUGAACAAGAUUUUACUUGGCACUUAAAGAAGAUUCCCCAGAUUGUGAGCGAAAGGACUUUCUCCCUUGACAGCCCUAAAUUUGAAGCAAAAACCAAAUUAGAGCUGAACAGUGUAUGUGGAAUUGAAUGUCAAAGGAAAUUGCCAGUACCGAGCUUGUCUGACUUGAAGGACCUCUUAUCCUAUGAGACUGUUUUUGAAAACGGCACAAGGAUCCUGACUGAAGUGAAUGUCCUCGGACUAGCGCUUGAUCCAGCUGGAAACACAACCACGCGAAGGUCUUCGAGAAAGAAGAGGCAGAUAUAUGGAACAGAUAGCAGGUUCAGCAUCUAUGACAAGCGAUUUAUGACCAACUUUCCGUUCAACACAGCUGUGAAGGUCUCCACUGGCUGUAGUGGCAUUCUCAUAUCCCCCAAGCACGUGCUAACAGCUGCCCACUGUCUCCACAACGGCAAAGAUUACGUUAAGGGCAGCAAAAGACUGAGGGUGGGCCUAAUGAAGACAAAAUCCAGAGGUGACGGCAGGAAACGCAAAGGUGCUAAAAGAAGUAGGAGAGAAGUUUCUGCGGCCCAAGAGGAUCCCAAAGUUGCCACAGAACUAAGGCGACAAUCCAAAGGUGGUGGGAGAAAGCAGAGGAGAUCUGGGAGGAAGCAGGAGACCUCAGAUGGCAUGCCCUCCUUCCAGUGGACCAGGGUGAAGAGUACCCAUAUCCCAAAAGGCUGGUUCAAAGGUGUCUCUGAGGAUAUUGCCCUGGAUUAUGAUUAUGCUGUUCUUGAGCUCAAGCGUCCCCACAAAAGGAAAUAUAUGGAGCUGGGAAUCAGCCCAACAAUCAAAAUGAUGCCUGGGAGCAUGAUCCAUUUCUCAGGUUUUGACAAUGAUCGAUCUGGACAACUGGUCUAUAGAUUUUGUAGCAUUUCUGAUGAGUCCAAUGAUCUCUUUUAUCAGUACUGUGAUGCUGAGCCCGGCUCCACUGGUUCUGGUGUCUAUCUUCGUCUUAAGGAGCCAAACAAAAAGAAGUGGAAACGCAAGAUCAUCGCUGUUUACUCAGGCCAUCAGUGGGUGGAUGUCAAUGGUGAACAGCAGGAUUACAAUGUAGCAGUAAGAAUUACUCCUCUCAAAUAUGCCCAAAUUUGCUUCUGGAUACAUGGGAAUGAUGAGAAUUGCACACAAGGCUGA